AUGUACCCCAGAAAAGACUCCAACCCUGGCACCUCCAUGUUCAGCCUCCUCAACGACUCCUACAUUGACCACCAACGCAUCAUCAUCGUGGGUGCUGGGUUUGGGGGCUUGCUGAAUGCCGUGAGACUGCUGCAGACGGGGAAUUUUGGACCUAAGGAUAUUUUGUUUCUGGAUGCGGCUUCGGGGUUUGGCGGGACGUGGUGUUGGAAUGAGUAUCCGGGGUUGAUGUGUGAUAUUGAGAGCUAUAUCUACAUGCCUCUGUUGGAAGAGACGGGGUACAUGCCCUCUCACAAGUAUGUGUCGGGUGUUGAGAUCAAGGAGCAUGUUUAUCGGAUUGUUCGCAUGUAUGGUCUCUACCAUCGUGCCUUGUUGUGUACAAGUGUGAACAGUCUGGUCUGGGAUGAGGAUGAGAUGAACUGGACUGUCAAGGCCGUCCAACACCGUCACCAGGGCAUCUUCCCCUUGACCUUCACAGCCGACUUUGUUAUCCUAACCGCGAACCCGGUGAGUAUUCCCAAGCUACCCAAUAUCGAUGGUAUUUCGGACUUUCAGGGUAAAAAAUUUCACAUGGAGCGUUGGGAUUACAAAGUCACUGGCGGCUCCGCAGAUCUUCCUGUCCUACAGAAGCUGCGCGACAAGAAAGUUGCUAUCAUUGGUACAGGUGCGACUGCUGUGCAGGUUGUUCCUCAUCUCGCAGAGUGGUCUCAGAAGCUGUACGUUUUCCAGCGCACGCCCUCUGCUGUGGACCGACGUGAUAAUUGUCCGACGGAUGCCCAAUGGUGGGCGGAGACUGUCUCGCAGGGGCCUGGCUGGCAGACAAAGCGCAUGGAAAACUUCAACGACUUCGUCAGCAAUGCGCCCAACCUGCCUGACGUCGACCUUGUGAACGAUGAAUGGAGCCGCGCUCAUUCGUACAGCGCUCUAUUCGGAGGCCCCCAGAACCGGAACCCAGGCUACCUGAAAGAAAUGGAAAUGGUGGAUCUCCUCCGUCAGGACAAAAUCCGCAACCGCGUCUCCCAAGUCGUCGAGCGCAAGAAAACAGCAGACCUCCUGAAACCCUGGUACUCCGGCUGGUGCAAGCGGCCCUGCUUUCAUGACGAAUACCUCCAAGCCUUCAACAACCCGAACGUGGAGCUCAUCGACACCAACGGCAAAGGCGUCGUCUGUGUCACUCAGAAAGGUGUAGUCACUAAUCAAAUCGAAUAUGAAGUCGACGUGCUCAUCUUCGCGACGGGAAACAACGUCACUGACCGAAAAACCCCUGAUGCUCGCUCGGAUAUGUUUAUUUCAGGACGUGGCCAGAAGUCGAUGCGCAUGGCUUGGAGGGAUGGCGUCGCAACGCUGCACGGAUUGACGACGCGCGGUUUUCCGAACCUUUUCUUUCCUGGUCCGAACCAAGCCGGCAUCACAGCAAACUAUACCUACUUUCUCGAUCAGAUGGCGCAGCAUGUUGCCUACAUUAUCUCGAGCGCUACUAAGGAGCAAGGUCCGUAUAAGGUCACGGUCGAACCAUCUAUUGAGGGUCAAGAGGCGUGGUCUAGGGAGGUUAUGAUGCGUGCCGAUGGUCUGGCUGGGAUGGCCAACUGUGCACCUGGAUACUUUAAUAUGGAGGAAGACUUUGAUCAGUCCAAGGUUCCAGAGGAGGUGCUCAAGGCGGCGCGAGCGAAGCACUGGGGCGAAGGAGUGAUGGACUGGGUGAAGAUUCUUGAGGACUGGCGGGAGAAGGGAGGAAUGAAGGGGUUGGAGGUAAAAAGAUUGAAAAAGAUUAUCACCAAUGAGUGAGCUCG